GCAUUCAUUGCUUUGUACCACCCCUGUUUUGCUGUUUUCAGCUUCUGGUUAAUCUUUUAAGCUCUGGGUCGUAACUAUCCCUGUCAGACACGCUUAAUUACUGCCUCUGCCACUGUCAUACACUCCAGAAAAGGGCCACUUUCUUUCAACACUUACAUUUACUUGCCGCUUCCUUCUUCUUCUUCCUCUUUUAUUUCAUUGGUUUUAAAGGGUUCCUUUGUUUACUCGCCAUUUCUGGGUACUUCGCUGUUUUUUGUUUCGUUUUCUUGGUGGACUGAGUUACGUAAAGAACACCAAAGCCAUCGGUUUUUCGUUUUGUCCUGUGGUGACCGGAGAUUCAGAGGACAGCAAUGGCUAUCAGGUCGGGUGGUUCUACUUCGUCUCUCCGGUCUCUGCCUCCACCACGUCCAAAUUCUCCACCGGAGUAUCCUGAUUUGUAUGGGAAACGAAGGGAAACGGCUAAGAUUCAGAUGCUUGAGAGAGAGAUCAGUUUCCUUGAGGAAGAGUUAAAAUCCGUCCAAGGUCUCCAACCGGCUUCGAGAUACUGCAAAGAGGUUACAGAUUUUGUGAUGGCAAAAUCUGAUCCUCUAGCACCUACAAGCCGGAAGAAUCGAAAGUCAUGUCGGUUUUGGAAGUGGCUUUGCCGAAUUCCCUGCUUUAACUUGUCAUGGAUCUGCUGUUGCUGCUAUUCCGGGUACUCUUCCCAUCUGAAGUGUUCGCAAUGCUGUGACGGUGAUUUAUGCAACUGCGGCUCAUGCAUUUGCAACUUAUGUAAAUGCAGGCCCUGCAAAUGCACCUCAUCUGACCCGAGUUCAUGCAAGUGCCACUCAUUGGACUGCAGCUCCUGUAAAUGUAGCUCGUGCGACUGCAGUUCAUGUAAAUGCAGCACAUUCUGCAAUUGCAGUUCGCGUAAAUGCAACCUGUGUGACUGCAGUUCGUGUAAGUGCAGCACUUGCGACUGCUGUUCAUGUUCAAGCUGCUGGCCAAUCCCGAAAUCACGAUGUAAGUGCAGCUCAAGCGACUGCUGUUCGUGCCCGAAAUCACGAUGUAAGUGCAGCUCAUGCAACUGCUGUUCGUGUUCAAGCUGUUGCACAAUCCCGAAAUGUCAAUGUAAGUGCAGCUCAUGCAGCUGCUGUUCAUGUUCGAGCUGUUGCACGAUCCCGAAAUGGCAAUGCUUCUCGUGUCCUAAAUCCAGUUUAUGCAGAAAGGUCUCAUGCAGCAGCCAAAGCUGCUGCAUUUUUUAACUCCAUGCACAGAUUGUUUUUGCUGCAGAUGCAAAUGGUCUCCCAAAUGUCCAAAGGUAAUCCUUUGCUGCAACUGUACAAAAACCUGCUGUAAUCCUUGCUGCCUAUUAUUCUAAUAUAUUUCUGCAU